AUGGCUUCUCUGGGCCAUUCGCGCGCAAGUAGUGUGGCCACAGCAGGAUCGCACUCCUUGGUCAGUUCAAGCGCAUUUAGUCAUGGCUCAGUACCGGGUGGCCAUCGAGGAGCCGAUUCUCCCUCGAAGGCUUCACUUCCACAUAUCGACGAUGUUAUUGCUCCUCCUCACAACCUUGACCCCAAUAUGUCCGCCCGGAAGCUGUUGGAAACAGCGGAGACGGCAUUACGACAAGCUGAGAUGGCUCGAGACUUUCGCCGACCAUCUACUGCUUUGAAAGAAUACAUACGAGCUUCCAUAAUUGCAAUUCAGACCCUCCCUAAACAUCCAGACUAUCAUGACCUCAGGACCAGUCAUGCGGACUUUAAAAGGGCACAUGCAAAUCUGCUCAACAAGAUCAGCCAGCAGGAUCCCAUAUAUGGCAAAAUUAAGCAGGACAUCAUUGCGGACAACAAACGAUCAGGGGUACAGCCACUGACAGUCCGACCAAGCUCAUCGCAGGGGGGAAGCCGGCCUCAUACUCCUUCAGGGUUGGCAGUAGAUGGAACAAUGUCACCGUCGAAACUUAGAUCAAUCACCAACGGUUCGCCUGCUCGAUCAAAACCGACGAUUCAACCAAAGCCUCAAUCCCUUCACGGGAACGCAAUCAAGCCUGGUAUUCAAAAAGGGGCUGGGACAGCCAACCCAGAUCUCGCUGCCAGAUUUGCCAACUUAAGAGGACCGCAAGCAUCACCAGGGCAAGAUCCUCGUAUCAAGACACACCACAUAACACUGCCCAAACCAAUGGGCCCUCGAGAGAUGCCUCCUCCUCGACCCCCCAAGGUUGGUGUUGACACCAAUGUGCCAACUCUCCCUAAAAUGCCAGAUGCCAUCUACAGUCCUGCUCGUGGAAGCAUUUCAGGAGAAGUAACACGGCCACCCUCGAGUACGCCACGCAGCUUGUAUCGUACAGCCUCAACAAGCUCGGGCCCUGGGACACCUAAUGCCUCAUCGCAACCACAGCCUGACUAUUUCGCACCGACACAAAGCUAUUCCAAUAAUUCCAUCCCCCCAAUCCCUCCAGGUAAUCUUACUGGCUCCAUGAAGAUUCCUGAUGGGCAUACCAUUUCUCCAGAAGAGUUGUACCAAGCUAUGAAAGCCAGAGGCAGCAUUUUGAUAAUAGACAUUCGAAUGCGUGACGAUUUCAACGAAGGCCACAUCAUGUCCUCGUCAACCAUCUGUAUUGAGCCCAGCAUCUUACUCAGAGACAACCCCUCAGCAGAUGAUAUCUCAGAAAGUUUGAUCCUAUCACCCAAUCAGGAGCAAAGUCUGUUUGAACAGCGCAACAUCUACGAUUUGGUGGUCUUUUAUGAUCAAAGCUCCGAAGAUAUCCCUCAACAACCACGGAACUCAGAGGAUAUGGUCAUCAUCUCUCUCCACCGCGCCUUAGUUGACUUUAAUUAUAUGAAAGAGCUCAAGAACACGCCCAGGAUUCUAAGAGGAGGUCUAGAUGCAUGGGUAGAUCUAAUGGGACAAGCAUCAUUGGGAUCUACCACUUCAGCCCUGAACAGGAAUCGAAGUCAACAAUCAGGUAUCGAGCGGAGAAAGUCGAAAUACAUCGUCAAGCCUCUCAAACCAGAUGAAGUUAAAGCUUGGCAAGAAACACUCAAGCAUGACGACGAUUUGCAGACUGCAUCAUCACCAAACUUCACUCGCACCACCGAAGACUUUCUCAGAAGGUUUCCACCCGUGUCAUUGGAACAGGAGUCCAUGACCUCUCCAGAGGAGAAAUUAAAGAAUCGUGCAGUCUACGGGUUAUCUCACCAGGUAGAUCUAUAUACGGACUUGCCCUCGCCGCCCACGAGACCAGCACCCGCUCUCCCACGUCGGAGCUACAGUGGUCUCACCGAGGGACGUGACGAGAACGAGCUUUACGGCAACAACAAUGCGAUUGUGCCAGCCCGCCUCUCAAGAGCGCCUACUAUAAAGCCGAUGGAGCACCAGACGACGGGCGAUUCGAACAAGUUCUAUACGGGACUCAAUAACCCCCAUAACUGGUGCUAUGCAAACAGCACGCUUCAGAGCCUUCUUGCUUCCCCCGACUUUGGCAGAAUACUGGCAAACUCGGAAUGGGCCAAUAGAUAUAAGGCUCCGAGGAAGCCAGAUGAGAAGAUUGAUCAUCCGCAACUCAUGAUUCGUAUUAUCUCUAACCUGUUUCACUGGAUGAACUCGGGUAAGUUCCAGGCCAUGAAGGCCCAGACACUUAUGGACUACUCACGGCACCUUUGCGAACAGAGUCGAAGUAUUGAGCAGUUUGGCGGGUCUCAGCAACAGGAUGCACAGGAGUUUAUGACAUUCGUCCUCACUCACCUCCAUGAUGAGACCAACACGCGGCGAGAUCGACAGGGAAAUGUUCCACAGCCUGACACCUCUCGCCAGACAUUGCUGAAAGCCGCUAUUCAGUUCUGGAACAACCAUCUCGAAUACAACCAGUCUAUCGUGGACCGUUUCUGGCGUGGCCUUGAGUUAUCAACAGUGGAGUGCUUUGAAUGCAGCACCCGCACCUACAUGUAUACCACAUUCGACCUCAUUACUGUUACAGUGGGCAUGGGCCGCGGCAUGACACUUGAGCAGGCUUUCGACGAGUACGCCUCAAGCAGCCCUAUUGAGGACUUCGCUUGUGCCCGUUGCUGUCACCCCACUCGCGCUCAACAGACUCUGUCCUUUGCCCGCUUUCCCACCCUACUCUGCGUCGCGUUUCGCCGGUUUAACUACCAACCGACUACUGGAGAUAUGCGCAAGUCUACCGCGCCCAUCACAUGGGACUUUAACGACACAGACUUCACCCGCUACUUUCUCCCUCGUGGCGCUCGUGAGUCUUCGUCCGGUACCGAUCCAAUGGAUCCAGCCUUUACCGGACCUUUCCGCUAUGAAGCUUAUGCAGUCAUCGUACACACCGGCAGCCGUAUUGAUAACGGGCAUUAUCUGGCAUACGUGCGCGACUACACAUCUCACGACCCGUAUGCUUGGUAUUGCUGUAACGAUACACGCGUAACAAAGGUUCGCAUUGGAAGUGGCGAUCGCGAUGAUGUUCAAGAGGAGGUGUUCAAAUCUGGUCGAGAUCGAGUUCCAUAUCUUGUAUUCUUCCGCCGCAAGGGCAUGCGUUGA